AUGGCGUUAUCGGUUUCUAACCUCGCGUCUUCACUCUCUUCGCUCUCGUUCUCCUCCCAGGUUUCUCAGAGAUCGAACACCGUUUAUUUCCCCCGCGCGAACUCGGUGUUCUCAUUACCGGCGAAAUCCGCUCGUCGUGUUUCUCUCACGGUUACUGCGACGGUGGCUGCUCCCGAGGCGGCGGAGGAUGAGACGAUGGAACUGAAGAAAUACGUGAAAUCGAGGUUACCUGGAGGUUUCGCAGCUCAGAAAAUCAUUGGCACGGGAAGGCGAAAGUGCGCCAUCGCUCGAGUCGUGCUUCAGGAAGGUACCGGGAAGGUUAUCAUAAACUAUCGCGAUGCCAAGGCCUUGAUUUCUGGGAAUUUUGGGGUUUACACAGCUGAAUCAUCCGCUCGUGUAUGGGGUUUAUGUUAUUGA